CGUCCUGUCUUGGGCGAGUAAACCUCUUGAAGGCACGGGCGUAUCGGGGCAAAGCAUCAAUUUGAAAGUACAAACUGAUUAGUUUUUGAUAGGAGUUUUUUUCCUGUGUUGAUUUUGCGGCGAUUCUAGGCCGCUAAUGUUAACUACAUCAUGGUAACAGGAGGAUUAAGGGACGCCGUGAAGGAAGAAAUUCAAAUUAUCGUGGAUUUUGUGGAGGAUGGAGACGAUUCUAGCUUAUCAGGUCGGGAAGAUUUUGAUCAAGACGAACGAGAAGAAGGUGGUAGAUUAUGCCAAGGAAAACUGUGCUCGUCCAGUGUGCAAAUAAAGAGAAGUUUAGCUGUCAAGAUCUGCCAUCAUGAAGUAUGCCAAGAAAACAACAAUGGCUCCCCCCUUCAUCUCUGCUUGAAAUGUGAUGAGGUUCAGCAUUUAGGCGCCAAGUCAAUCCAUGCCAGAUUUGACAUUCCAGAGCUGGUUAACAGUCUAAGCCGAACUCCCUCAAGUCGAUCAAAUGGCUCUGACUCUGGUGCUGAAGAAGAUGUUGACACCGAAAGCACUGAAAGCCUUAAAGUCGAAAAGAAAACCAGAGGAUACUCCUCAGGGAAACGAAUGUUUAAGCUCAGUGCUGGCACAAAAAGAAAGCCAAGAAGACACAACACUGACGACCCAGGAAGAGAAUUCUUCUCACUAAAGUUUUUUGGCUUUGGGGAUGGCGAAAAUGACUUUGAAGUAGAGGUUGUCCCUGCAUUGAAAGGAAAGACUCUCAAGGAUUCUUUGGAGCCAUUUUUUGUUGGACGUGGUAUCAGCUUCAGCACUCACUCAGUUUUCCUGGAUGCCUCCAACACACCUCUUCCUCUGGCAUUUGAUACCUUUCCCCUGGGAGGAAACGUUUUACAUGUCAAAGCUAACGACACAGUCAAUGUUGAUCAAAGGGUAAUAGACAUGGUUGCUCAGUUUGAGGAUUCAUCACCUUCUGAAGACUACCAACGCCCUAAAAGUGCAUCAUUCAUCCGCUCUGGAUCCUUUAGUACUAAGGCUAGGAACAAUAUCAAAAAGCUUGAACAGGAGGAGAGGGAAAGAGCGGCCAGGGAACAACUCAAAAUUAGUCAAAGAGGUAAGAAAAACAUCAAGUCAUUUCUUGGAGAUGAUCCCAGUGCCACAGACCAGACGACGCCAAGCCCAAUGACAACUAGUGGGUCAUACAGUGGAAGUAUGGGUACACUUCACAGACCAAAGUCAACCGGUAAACUAACUGGACUCUUCAACCAGCCCAAACAACCAAAGGGUGUAAUGGGGGAUAUGCCAAUGCGAGGCAACACACUUAAAGAUUUAUUAGAUGUGUAUACCGUUUAUGGAAUGCAAAAUAGAGAUCCUAACAUCAAGGAUGAGACUGAUGAAGGCGCCAUCACCCUGGAGGAGUCAUGGACUGCUGUUGUUGAUCCAGAAAUUAUGGAGACUAUGACCAAAAAACAAAAGGACCAACAAGAAGCCAUCUGGGAAUUGUUGUUUACUGAGGUCACUUAUAUACACAAACUCAGCAUUGUGAAAAAGUUAUUUAUACUAUGCCUACGAAAUGUGCAAAGCGAGGGAUUUCUACUUGAUGUUGAAAUAGAAAAGUUAUUUAGCAACAUCGAAGAUAUUUAUGAAUUAAACUACUCAUUUUGGGUGGACUGCCUCUGUGAGGUGGCUGAAAAGUCAAGGAAAACUGGUAAACCUCUUAAUCCUAUGGAUAUGAAUGAGGCCUUUCCAAUGUUCGAUAAAAGAUUCGAGCCGUACAUAACCUACUGUAUGGAAGAAAGUAGAUGUCUCAAGUACUUCAAAGAGAAAAUCAUUGAAAAUGAAGACUUUCGAACAUACAUAACUUGGUGCGAAGAACAUCGGCUUUGCACGAACCGACUCAAGCUCACAGACUAUUUGGUGAAACCGAUGCAAAGACUAACCAAGUACCCACUUCUGCUCAAAGCCAUUCACAAGAAAACACAAGACGAAGAGAUGAAAGAGGGGAUUUGGAAAAUGAUUUUAACGGUGGAGUCGUUGCUAAGCAAAGUGGAUGGAGCUAUGCGCGAAAUGUGCGAGCGAAACAAACUCCGCUCGGUAGCCAAUCGCAUCCAAGACAACUACACGGUCAUCGAAGCAGUCAACGAAGAGAUGGAAAAGAUCUUGGUGAACUACAACUCGUUGGAUCUGAUGAAGCACAUUCCUGGCAUGGACAUUCCGCGAUGUGUUAUUCAUGAAGGACCUCUUCGACUUGUCGAGAAACAGGGCAAGAUGGAUGUUCACGUGUUUCUGUUCACGGACCUUCUGCUUAUCACGAAGCCCAAGAAGGCGGACAAAUACCGUGUCAUCAAACCGCCCAUGAUGGUAGACAAGCUGUACGUACACGCCUCAAAGGACCCAGGGACGUUUCUCCUCGUGUAUGUAAACGAGUACAACACAGUCGUACACGCGUUCGCGCUACAGGGAUCGAACGCUGACCAGACUCAAUGGAUGGACGCCAUAAGGAAGGCACAGAAACUCCUGUUGGUCGCUAAGCUAGGCCAGGGCACGGCUACAAUGGGCUCGCGCCUUGAGAGCGACUCGAGUGAGCUUCUCAGCCCGUCCAAACUUGUGGCGCCUGGGAACUACAUCCGGGAACAGCGCCGAGGAUCUUCGCACUCCAUCAUCUCCAUGGAGUCGAUGGACUCGGAUGACGAGAUGGGGCUAAACGAGAGCUUUCAGCCUCCCCCUAUACCGCGGUAUCGCUCCGAAACCUCUCUGAGUUCAAACAGUAAAGUUGUGCUCGAUCGAGACGACCGGAAUGACGGCGCGAACCAACCACCAACGAGGAAAAUGUCUUUCGGAGAAAGGAUCAAUAACAAGCUCUCUAAACGAGUUUCGUCAUUGACUGAUUUACACGGACUAGGCCCGGAGAUUGUAGUCGAUACGGGCACGGAUGAGAUUCGAAAAAUUCCUCCUGUGAAUCCGGACGUUGGACGAUUACGGGCCGAUUCUGCUCCGAAAGUUGCACGAUCGUCGUCCGACCCGCCAAAGGAACGCCCGAAGGUUGAUCCAGCGGCGGCUUUAUCCCGAUCUUGUUCGGAACCGCGAAGUCCUCCAAAACGACGGACUUCAUCUGAGGCAUUUUAUACGGAAGGAUUGCCUCUCGCGCCGUCAACUUCUUUGACAAGUUCGUCGGCUUAUUCAACCGAGGGGCUGGCUUCGGGUUCCGAGAGCGGCUCGUGUCCAUCCGUUAAGGCCUCGGCUGAGGCAAAAGACUGUGACAACAACUUGUAUAGUGAGUCGGACUCUCCUCGGAGAGAAUAUUCGGAUCCAAUGAGAGGCUACCCUAACUCAUCAAUCGAUAAUAGCUCGGAAGCAGACAGCUCGCUCGGGUCGCCAUCUAGGCCGGUCGGACGGUCAGUCUCGGCCCCCGAAAAGCGUUUUCGUGUAGAAGGCGAAGAUGAAGUCGGAGUAGACGAGUCUAAGUCGGCAACGUUUCCACGGAGGAGCACUGCGCGCGUUACUGGCAGCCCGGGAUUACGGGCUUUGCAAUCGCUCUCCGAGUCUCUAGAAUAUUCUUUAAAGCACGCUCCCCCAACCACCACGACUAAACAAGCGCCGCAGAUCAAAUCGCCUUUGAUCGCUCAGCAAAAGCUUCAGUCGGCUAUCAACAGUGGAUCGAAUAGCGCCGAGGCUCCGCGCAAGCGCACUACACUGCCCAGGCGCUCAUCGCCAGUCAUUUCACGCAAGCCGCGGCCUGACACUUUGAUGCGCUCAAAGUCGGACUUCGAACGCUUUGAGUCUCAUCGUGUGACCGAAGACUCACGAACCUCGUCACCUGAUGCCGAGUACUCUCCGAGAGAAAGUCCUCGGGAGUCGCUCCAACAACGGACACCUCGACGAAGCCAUUCGGAGGUAUCUCGGCUUCCAGUGAAAGCCGAUCGGCAACACUACUCAUCGCUCGAUUUGUCUUCUCCGGAGACACCGACGAGUAGCGAUUUCCCGUCACCGAGAAGAGAAUCCCCUGACUCGAGUAGGAGACUCUCACCACCGAGCGGCUCGCUCGAUAGGUCGCGAAAAAAGAGCAUGUCAUUAUCAGAUUUACUUAGCAUAGGACGUGAUCUGACUCGUGAAAGAUCGGAAAACGCUCAUCGAGCCGAACGAUUGAGCUCGGAUCCGACUGACGAUCGAAAUAAGCCCGAGCGCAAAGUUUCGAGAUUUCGACUUGGCCGCAGUAAGAGCCGAAGCGAACUGAAAGAUGGGAUUGCUUCGGGACCGAACAUCGACAAGAGGAAAGCAACUAGACUGUACCUCAAGGAAUCAUUAAUGCUGGAGUCAUCCUGAAGCAGGACACACAGUUGAAUGCAGCUACCACCAGGGAAUACGUAUGAGCCCGCAAUCAUGCCGUGCAUGACGUCAUGCUUCGUGUGCCCAGUCAAGGAAAGAAUUGAGCUUGUACGCGUAUAGAUGCAAAAGAAUCCCCCGGAUGGUUACGUGACGUAAUUUUUGGUACCUAGCGUAACACGUGACCUUGAACAUCAUUGCUUGUCAGAUAUUGUUAUAUUUAUGUAGUUGAAGACAAAAUGCAGUUCAUUAUGUACUUAUAUGUUUUUUUUUUCGUUUCCCUGUAAGAGCAAAGCUCUAUUUGAAGCAGGAUUUUCCAACUUGUCAAGUAACUUGAAAAAACUUGUUGUCAGAACGUUUGGCAACUUUCAUUUAAGAGUGAGAUGUGUAAAUUAAUAUUAGUGUGUUGACAAGCGUUUGAUUUGACCAUUUCGUCAUGCCCAUUUUAGUGUACUUGAUCGUUUAUAUGAACAAGUAUUGCUUAUAGCAACAUCAGAAUUUGAAAUCAGCAAGAUUUACUCUGAAUUCAAUACACAAUUUCAUUGGCAAAAAUGCCUCCAUUUCAUUUUAAAGUUCAUUUGAGAAAGUUAUUUAUUAGUCAUAUAAUGGUGAAAAAUAUAUUUUUUUAUGUGAAAUUUUGUUCCAUGCACUCCUCUACAUAAUAGACAACACUCACUUGCCUAAAUUAAUUUCUGUAACUUAUCAGUAAAAUGAAUUCAACAGUAAUGCAGUUACAGUACUGUUAUCAUGAAUUUUAGUUGCUUUGGUGCCGUUUUUCAUGUCUUGGAUACCAACAAAGUAAUUUCGUUUUCGUUUGGAUUUUACAAGGUAACGUUGCAACUUUGCCCGCAAGUGUGAACCGAGCUUAUGUUAAUGGGGUGGUUUUUGUUUGUUCUCGUUGUUUUUAUUGUUACUCGAUACAUUUCACCGAUUUAAGUAGCGGUGUUUCGUAAGAGGUCCUGCCAAGUUUAUUUGUUGUGUGACCCCUAUAAUUUUAUAGCUCCUUUCCUUUGCCAUUCUUGGUUUAGCAAUGAGUUGUAUAAAGUAAAAUUCUUGAGUUAUAAUAUCGUUUUUAGCAACCGACUACAAUUUUUAAUAUUAUUUUACGCCACACAAUUUGUAAUGAAUAUAUUCAUAGUGUGGUUUUAUUGAUAUAUGGCAUUUUCCACGUUUUUAAUAAAAAAUACAUAAUGCA